AUGCUCUCAACUGCUCUCAGCGUGGAUCCUUCCCCGGCACCGGCGUUUUCACCAACGGGGCGUACGCCGGACACGGGUCAGAUUCAUAACGCAACACCUGCUAUCGUUGUGCCCACAACAACAAAAGAGCCCUCAUCCAUGACAGCGAUGGUGGUGGAUUCAUCCGCCGGCAAAGCCGUUUUGGGGGCGAUCUCAGCCGCAGCAGAGACAAACGCUAACGCCGGUAAUCAAUUGACGCUCACGACUUCACCGCCUCCUCAAGCCUCGACGGCGCAGAUACAUCCCUUUUCCUACGCCAGUGCGCUCACAGGUGGGCAACUCGUCCCGACGUCACAACCGUUGGCGAUUCAAUGGACUCCGGUCGGCGAACAUGAUUUGAUUCCCGGUGAGCGUAAUGGCGAACCGGCCUUGAGUAUUUCACCGGAGUUCAAGAACAGAUUAUGCGCUCCUUGGCACCGCACUCUGGUGGUUCGUCUACUAGUUCAGCAGUGGACGCCUCGUUUCAAAGUGUCGGAUCCUCUCCCAAAGACGAUGAUAGUUUGGGUCCAUGUGCCUGAGCUCAAGAUUCAUUUUUACCACAAGGAGGUUCUAAAUAGCCUGGGGAAUCUGAUCGGACGCACGAUCAAACUAGAUUACCACACCCUUACUCAACAAAGGGAGAAGUUUGCCCGUCUCGCUGUAGAAGUGGAUAUCUCCAAGCCUCUCGUCCCAAGAAUAUGGUUAGAUGAUGAUUGGCAGCCGGUUGAAUAUGAGAAUCUACCCUUCGUUUGUUUCGAAUGCGGGAAGAUCGGCCAUGCCUUUACUGUUUGCUCCCUGCUUCGACCAGCGUCGGUCCCGGAGUUAGUUGAGUCCGCCGGCGGGGAGAAGCAGGACCUCGCGCCGGAGGGGACUUCGGAGACCAAUGCAGGGUUUGGGCCAUGGAUGCUGGUCUCGCACAAAGGACGGCCGAAUCAGCGGGAGACGAGUAACAAAGGAAAGCAAAGGGAUUCGGGGGCCACAAUUCAGGUGAUCACCCCCAGAAAUGGAAAGAAUGGAACAAAAAGUAAAGAGCCGAGGGAUUCCUUACCGAUUCUGGAUCAACAGAGCUCGCCACCUCCCCAACGGUCAUCAGGUCAAGAAAGGAAAAGGAAUGGAGAAAUUCAAAAUGGGACGGAGAAAAGGAACGGUAAAGGCAUUAUGAGGGAGGAGGAGUCGCCGGCAGGUAAGGGGAUUCUUGGACCAGACCCAUCGUUGGGACCCGUGGCUAAAAAAGGGCUUAAGCCCAAAUCAGAUGCUUUGAAGGCGUCCACGUCGGGUAUACAGUCUGAAACUCCCCUGAUCCCGACUAGUGGGCCUAAUAGAGGAACUACAGCUGGGCCUCAAGCCCAA